AUGCUCGGAGGGGGCGUGGACGACUUCUCAGCCAGCGAAAAGGUCAUCUUCACACCUGGUCUGCACACAAGGCUGCAAUACUUCGGCAAUGACCCUGCCAUCGUCAUGCACCUUUGGACCACCGCAAGUUUGGCAGACAAGGACGCGUCGGCGACCUCGGACAAGUUGACCUGGGCAUGCAUCGACCGGCCAGUGGCGAACGUCAUCGACCCCGAGAUCUACCGUAGGGUCUUCAGUCAGACGCAGCCCGCAAAUCCGGCGUCUCCGGUCGCCACUGAGGGUGCUCCGCUGCACUGGAAGAAGGCCGCCGCCAGCCGAGUGACAAGCGACCUCAUCAGCGAAGCCUCGGUUGUAGCCUUCCGGAGCCGCGAAGAAGCCGGAGGUUCAUCCUUGGUGCCCAUGGGGACAGUGACCAUGACGGUGAACAUGACCUACGCGGGCGAGCUCCUGAGCAACCUGAAGCUGAGCCCCACCUUCUACGCGGUAGUUGCAGAUGCUGAUGGCCGGGUGGUCGCAAUGAGCCGGCGCGCGCGAGACAUCGUCUUCAAAAAGGGCUUCCUCGAAGAGCAGCUGCGCAACCCCUCUGGCCAGCCACCCUGCAGUGCGGCACGGCAGACGGAUUGCUGGUGGACGCCGCCGUCGCCGCUGUCGCUGAAGAAUGCCACGGAUCCUCAGUACAGCGGUAUCGACUUCGGGGGCGUGCUCAACAAGGUCUUCAAUGCCUCGCUUUACAACGAGCACCUCUGUUCCCAGGGGGUCAAGACGAAGACUCUUCGCGGUCCCAAGGAUGGAGAUCACCUGGCCGUCUUCUGCAGGCUCAUGGCCAAUCCAGAGUGGGCAAUUCUCAUGUUUGCGCCCCUGGACGAGCUGCAGACGGCAGUCAGGUUCACCGUUGACAAGCAGAACAUCACCAAGGUUAACGUUGGCCAGGACAAGGACAAAGACGCCACUGGGUUCAUUGCACAGAAGGGGGACAACAGCAGCUGCGUGACGGUGUCGCCCGCCAACGGCACGCUAGCCCCCAAUCAAACAACGAAGCUGCUGCUGAAGUUUGACCUGGACACCUUUGGCAACUGGGCCGCUGCUAGUGGAACUCUACCGAGUCAUCAUAACGAGGUUCUCCUUGACCCGACCGAAGCCAAUUGGCUUCCUGAAGCAGCUCGGGAGCAGAACGCGAUCAUCCGCAACGGCAUCCCCCUGUCUGCGGCGCUGAUCCUGACACUGGCCAUGGUCCUCUAUCGGGUAGCCAGCUCGCUGUUGAACUCCUACUACGGGAAGCUGGCGCACGAGAGGGGCACCGUUGAGAAGGCCCUCCACGCCACGGAGGAGGUCUCCUUUCCGAUGGUGCUUUUGCAGGUGCCCAUCUUCAAGCAGCUUGGGAAGUUCGUGGCCUUUGAGAGCACGUUGCCCCAGUCCAUUUGGCUACACACCAUCCAGGAGAUUGACGACUUCCUGCUCAAGGUCAUCUUCAUGUCCCACCAGUGGACGGCCUUCGCAGAACCAGACCAUGAAGGCAAGCAGUACGAGCAGAUGGUCAUGGCUGUGGAAGAGGUCAUGAAGAAGUGGAAGUGGCAGGAAAGCACGACCUAUGUCUGGCUCGACUAUAGCUCCAUUCCGCAGAGGCACCGCCCAUCGCAGACCGCUGCGAUCAACUCCCUCACCGUCUACGCAGCCAAGGUCUCCGCCUUCGUCGUCGUGGCGCCGCCCGUAAAGCACAAGGAUUUGGAGGACGAGUGCAACUUGGAUACGUACCAGUGCCGUGCGUGGUGCAGGGCCGAGCAGCUCUCCCACUUGUUGGCGCAGGCGGGUGACAACAUGUUCCUGGCCGAGAGUGGGCAGCUCACCCCACUCAAUGAGGACUGGCUGCAGAAAUCCAUCCAGGUCUUCGGGGAAGACAGCCAGCUCACCUGCUGCAGGCGCAAGCACGAAGGCAUGGACAUGUGCGACAAGGAGCGCCUUGUCGUGCCAAUGCUGGGCCUUUGGGCGCAGCUUUGCAGGACGGUGAAGGCGGGCAAUGCCAAUGAGAACCUGCAAAAGAUCCACAAGGACCUCAUGAAGUCCGACGGUGGCGUCCCAAGGAUCAAGAAGAUCUUCCCCGAGAGCUUCAUCUUUGAGUCGGAGAACGGGCAGGAGGAGCGGAGCCUCUUCGGACAGCUCGUGGAGCGUCUCCAGGACAGCUUGGACACCCAGAAGAAGGAGAAGCGAAACUUCAAGGCGCUUGCCACGGCCACGGCUGCGGCCACAUCCCUCGCACGCAAGUCAGACCUCUUGGGCGUGCGCCUAGGCAGGAACCUAGAGACGGUAACUACCAAGAUCAUCCUUUUGCAUUACCGAUCCACAUAUUUAUGCGAGUCGGACAAGGCCGCGGAUGCCGUCACCUUGGAGAUUGGUCUACGAAUGCUGGGUGAGUUGAUGGACAUUCGCUUAGCGAACGUCAGCUCAACCGGGACAUCGUGGAAGGUAGCAGUAGGACCCUCGGGCUUCGCUCUGCGUCUCCGCUCCUAUGCGUCCAACGCUGCGAGCUCCUUUGAGCAGGCCGUCGUCACAGCCUGCCCUUUGUCACUACGGCUACACUGCGUGAGAACGAUGCCCCGCGCACCAGCGACCAAGCUUGCUACGCAGUUUCCGCAGCUGAGUCGUGGAGGGGCAGCCAGCCGCGUUCGCCUGCAUGCAGGUGUUUCUCCGCGAUGUGUUGGUCGAAACAGCGUUGCUUACAUCAGCCAGGACCCGGAGAGUUCGGCCAGUUCCCAGGGGAAACAAGCCAGUUCCAGCUGGGACCGCAGGAAGCGGGUGACGAGCGAUUUCGCCCAAGAGCUGCGGGACCAGACAGAGGCCGUCUUGAAAGUUGCCGUGCGUGAGCGCGAGAUUUUGCUCACGCCAGGCAGCCACUCGCGCUCUGAACUGCUGGACGCACUGGAAGGAAUAUGGUCUGCGACUCAAGUCGACGGCUGGGGGAAGGUCACGCAAGCGGUUCAUGAGCGCGGUGGGCUGAUCGUGUGCCAGCUGUGGCAUACCGGACGUGUGGCGCAUCCGGAUUACGGCCAGCACCCUUGCAAUGAAGGAGGGCGAUACCGGCCGGGAGUUUCGGCAAGUCCGACGCAGAUCGCGAAUCGGCAUGGCAAGCCAGGAAAGACGAUGACUUACGAGGGCAUCAAGGACUUCGCUGUUCCCAGAGAGCUAUCCACCGCUGACAUUCAGAGGCUCAUUCAGGACUACACCCAUGCAGCUCAGAAGGCCAAGGAGGCUGGGUUUGAUGGAGUGGAGGUUCAUGCAGCACAUGGAUAUCUGAUAGACCAGUUUCUGAACAAUGGCGUGAAUCGUCGCACGGACCGGUAUGGGGGUUCUUGUGAGAACCGGUGCAGGCUGCUCUGCGAGGUGGUCGAGGCUGUCCUGGGUGUCUGGGGCGAUGGCACCGUGGGAGUCCGCGUAAGUCCCCACGAUGCGCCGAACGGCGGGAACACGUUCUACGGGUGCACCGACUCGGAGCCGGAUGCCGUGUAUUCCCACGCCAUCCGGGCUCUGAACAACUAUCCCCUUGCGUACCUGCUCGUCACCGAGCCGCGCUGGGUCGGCAAGCAUGAUGGCAACCCUGAGAAGGAUCCAGGCUUCCGAAUGCCCUUGGUGAAUCUGCAAAAGUACCGCUCGCUCUUCCAGGGCGUCAUGAUUGGAGCAGGGGGGUUCACGCCAGCCACGUCCUACGAAGCCUGCAUGGAGGCUCAUGGAUACGACGCCAUCGCGUUCGGACGCUGGUUCAUUUCCAAUCCCGACUUGCCGGAACGUUUGAGGGCCUGGCAUCAGAGCAAGUCUGCACGACAGCAGCGACCCAGCAAGGAAACUCCAUGGCUGAACCGGUAUGACCGGAAUACAUUCUAUGCACCUGGGCCAGGAGGCUACAUUGACUAUCCCUCGGUGGAGUACGAGGAGGCUGUUUCGAGCCACAAGAAUGCGACUUCAGCGGAGUAUGAGGGAAUGAUCGCUGGGAAGUAUGACGUGAUGGAUCCGUCAAAGGUCGGGACCAGCUUGCAAGCGGCUCAGGUCAUGGGUAGCUGCACGAAGGAAGAAGCCGCGGCUCUGCAGGCCACACUUCUGAAGAAGCUCGAGAUUCAGAGCGACAAGGUCCAUCUCGUCCCCAGCAACGCAAGUGAGCGGGUGCGUCGCGUGGUGCGCCCCGCCGGGCCUGUGGAGCUGAGGGCCAGGAGCCCGCGCAGAGACAGCACCCACGCGCUGCUCAUGACCAUCCUGGUUGGCACGGGGAGCCUGCGCCGGCGAGUGCUGCUGGGCCUCGUUUCCCAGGUCCUCCAGGAGGUCGCCUUUGCCGAGCUGAGGACACGGCUGCAGCUGGGCUACACGGUGGGCGGCUCUGUUUCUGCCAUCUCGAACGUCUUGACCAUCUCGUGCUACGCCGGACGCAGUGCAGUGCGCCAUGCCUGGAAGUCCGAGUCAACGUCAAAGCGGCCGAGCUAA